GCGCUCGCUCGCGGCAUUAGUUCGAGUUUAGGAAAGCUUGCCCCGGCAUCCGCGUCAUGAUAUCUUUGAGAACUUGGCACUGAGCAAGGGACUUACAGGCCUCGAUGGAGGAGCUCGCUUCCGGCUCGCUUCUAUGUCGACCACUCUAUCUUCGCGGAGUGGGAAUAGGAGAAGCGAGCGACUUCUCGACCCGACAGAAGUACUCCUCGAGAUAAGGUUGGGACGUCACUCGCUCAAAAAACCGGCGUAGAUUACACGUCGUCGGUGGAGAACGAGUCACCGCCUUCUCUUCUUCUCCUGGUACUUUGCCUUCACCGCAUUGACGAUGGACUUCUUGAGACGACUCGAUGCCCGGAUCCGUCUGCGUCCUGCGAAGGGGAGCCUUUCGAACAACUCGAGGUUGAGUAACCAUGAUCUGGAUCCUGUGAAGCCUGAGGACCGAACCUGGACUGGGAUGGAUGUUAUUUGGUACUGGACUUCCGAUCAGUUCAGCCCUGCGACUUGGGAGGUGGGAUCGUCACUUGUUGGCCUCGGUAUUACUGCUCGUGUUGGUAUCCCUUUGACCUUCUUUGGCUUCUUGAUCAUAUCCUUCGUGAUCACUCUUCACGGUCGUAUGGGCUCGAUCUACCAUGUUCCAUUCCCUGUUCUUAACCGCUCGGCAUGGGGAGUCAACGGCGUAUACUUCGCAGUAGUCUCCCGGUCAUUCCUUGCUCUCAUGUGGCUCUCGAUCCUUACGCUCAACGGAGGGCAAUUAAUCCAAGUCAUGACCACCGCAAUUUGGCCGUCAUUCGCCAAUUUUCCGAAUCAUCUCCCUGAAAGUUCGAAUAUAAGCAGUGCGCUGCUUCUGUCGUUCUUCAUAUACUGGAUCAUUCAGACGCCACUUUCCACAAUUCCUGUUCCGAAACUCAAGUGGCUAUUCCUACUCAAAGGAAUAAUUGUCCCGCCCUCUUUCAUUGCCAUGGGUAUUUGGGGAUUUGUGGUGACUAAGGGAGGCGGAGACUUGAUCAGUGGGCCCGUCGUCGCCGCGUCUGGAUACUCCAAAGCCACUGCGAUACUCUCUGGUUUGAAUGCAAGCAUCGGCCUGUAUUCGACGCUCUCGAUCAAUGUCCCCGAUUUCACUAGGUUCUCAAAGACGGUUGGUGCGGGAUAUUGGCAAAUAUUGAUCAUCCCAGUUAGCGGGACGAUUCCCGUCAUCUGCGCAUAUGCAUGUGCGAAUGCUGCUCAACAACUCUGGGGAGUGACGGUGUUCGACCCUGCGAGUUUGAUACAGAAUUUUGAUUCCAGGGCCGCACAAGUAUUCGCCGGGUUCGCGUUCUGCCUUUCGCUUGUUGGGGUCAACAUCUCCGCGAACUCCGUCUCAUUUGCAACGGACGUGAUGGCUCUCUGCCCUCGCUACUUAGAUCUCUUCCGUGGUGCGAUACUUUCAGCGAUCCUGGCUGUCGCUCUCACUCCGUGGAACUGGUCUGGUGCUACCGCCUUUGUUGCAUUUCUGUCGAACUACUCUCUGUGGCUCGGCUGCAUGGGUGGUAUCAUUAUAACCGACCUCUACAUCAUUCGAAAGCAACGUCUCUCGACACCAGAUCUCUACACAACCUCACCCUCCUCGCCCUAUUCCUAUCCUCGUACCCUCGGAAUCAACCCUCGUGCUUUCAUCGCGUUCGCAUGCGGUUUCGGACCCGAUUUCCCUGGUUUCCUGCAUGCGAUCACGAGCAAAGUGAACAACCCGAUCCCGACGAGUAACAUAGGGUGGGUAUUUGGGUUCGGCGUGAGUGCGCUUGUUUAUUGGGCCUGCUGGAAGGUGUGCCCGGGAUAUCUGGGUGAGAUGGAGGCAGACGGGAUGCGGUUGAAAGCCAUAUAUCCAGACGACGAGGAUUGUGUAAUGGUGAGGGACGAGGACGAUGAAAGCGAGAUUGCGAGUGGCGGGGCUGAGGCGAAGGAGAAAGAUCAGAAGGACGGAUCUGUGGAUGUAUAUGAGGUUUGAGG